AUGGCUGACUCACUCCUCUCCAAACCCCUAACCCUGCCCUGCGGCAUCAUCCUCCCCAACCGGCUCGCCAAGGCCGCCAUGGCCGAACACAUGUCCGACUCCGCCCAACGGCCCACCCGGCCCGCCUUCCAAUCCGCGUACGGCGCAUGGGCCGACGGCGGCUGGGGCCUCGUCCUCACCGGCAACGUGCAAGUCGACGUGCGCUACCUCGGCGGCCCCUACGACCUCACCAUGGAUUCCGCCUUACCGCAGGACCAGCUCCUCGCCCUGUACAAGACCCUCGCCCAGACGUGCAAGCGCGCGGGGACCCCACCAUCCUUCGCGUCCAAGUUCGCCUUUGGCACGCCGCGCGAGAUGUCCAUGCAGGAUAUCGAAGACGUGGUGCGCCGCUUCGCCGAGGCCGCGCGCUUCUGCGCGGACGCCGGCUUCGACGGUAUUCAGAUCCACGCCGCGCACGGCUACCUCCUCUCCCAGUUCCUGUCGCCGAGGGCAAAUCACCGCACCGACGCCUAUGGCGGUUCUCCCGCCGGCAGGGCCAAGAUCGUCGUCGACAUCGCCAGGGCGAUCCGGGAGGUCGUGCCGCCGAGCUUCUGCGUCGGCUUGAAGCUCAACUCCGCGGAUCACCAGGAUAGGUCUGCCACGGGUGCCUCGUCGGAGCUGGAAGAUUGCCUUGAGCAGACGACGCUGAUCGCGGCGGAAGGAUUGGACUUUUGGAAAUCAGCGGAGGAACUUACGAGAACCCUUUGGUAA